AUGAAGUUCGCCUGCCUCUCCUUCCGGCAGCCCUAUGCCGGCUUGGUCUUGAAUCGAGUCAAGACCCUGGAGACGCGCUGGCGUCCCCUGCUGAGCGGCCACUGCAACCGGACCCUGGCCAUACACAUCGCCCACAGGGACUGGGAAGACGACACCUGGCGGGAGCUGCUGCUGAACAGGCUGGGAAUGACGCCGGCCCAGGUCCAGGCCCUGAUCCAGGAGGGGGAGCGAUUUGGCCGAGGGGUGAUUGCAGGGCUCGUUGACCUGGGAGAAACCGUGCGGUUCCCCAAAGACCUAGCUCCGGAGGAGGCUGUACAGCUGGAAACCCGAGCCCUGCUCACCGAUUUGAAGGACAAGUACCUGACGGCGCUCUCUAACCCACGCUGGCUGCUGCAGCCCGUACCCGGGAAAGGAGGCAAGGAUGUCUUCCAGGUGGACAUCCCAGAGCAUCUGAUCCCCUCGGGGCAGGAGGGGUGAUGAGGCAGGACCCCCGAGAGGGACAGGACCGAGGGGCAAGCCUAAUGCCUUCACCACUGUGACUCGGAUACUUGAACCUCUUGAAAUCCCAGUCGCCUCUACACCAGAGAGCAGGCCCUGCUCUGUGCUUUCCUGUGACUGACUGCCCCGCUCAGAUGGGUGGUGGGGAGGGUGGGGCUCUCCUGGGGAGGUGUCUCUUUGUGCUCCUGGACAAUGUCUCAAGGACUUUGUCCUCUACCAGGAAACGUCUGGGCAGGGCCACUAUUUGGGUACACUGAUGUCUGCAUCAUGCAAAUAAAUACACGAAGAAGACUGUUUAGCAUCUGGGG